CAUAACAAUUUCUCUCUUUUUUCACGACCCUUGAGAAAAAAAUGCAGAUCUUCAGCAAAGUGUUGAGAGAUACUGAUGUCCAUGUUCGGUUCUCGUUCCCAACUCAUUGCUUACAGCAUUUAGAUUUUGCUGGAAAUAAUUAUGUUGAUUUGCAUGUUAAAGAUAGCUAUGGUGAGCUUCGAGUUAUUCGUUGCCUGAAGAGAAACGGAGUUUAUGACAAGCCAGUGCUUUCUAUGGGCUGGCUUAAAUUUGUUGAUGAUUAUGGACUGACAGUUGGUGACAAGGUUGUUCUUCAUCGUGAGGAUGACCAUAACCUGGGGUCACAGUUCAGGAUUGAAGCUAAGAGGAGAAUCAUGCUGCUUGGUGAGGAGGCUUGGGGUGAUGUGACAAAGAGCUAACUAGCUAUUAUUUGCAUGGAGCGUGGAUGUUCGGCCAGAUCCAGAUAUAUAUAGAAGAAUGGAUUUCCUAAGUUUGUUUGUUUUUUUUUGUGUGCGUAAAUUUAUGUACGUGUUUAUGUUUGAGUGUUUGUAGUGAUCAUAAUCAAUGUUAUCUGCAUGUAAUUCUCAGCAAUAAUGGAUUUAAUUAUUUAUAUAUGAUCAGAUUCUGUCUCUAAUAGUAUGAGUUAUAUACUAUAUAUGUACUGAUCUCAAAUUCCGUUUCCAAGAGUUUUUUUUUUUUCCAGGUUUUUACAUUUCCAGGUUUUUCAAUUUUGUGCGCUUUUCAAGUGUCUGAAAAUGAAGAUUUCCAUUGAUUUGAUGGAUAAAUAAAUCGAAAUGGAUAAAAAAGAAAU